UACCUAGGAGGUAGUGCAUAUAUCAUGUUGCAGCUAAACCAGUGAGAUGUACUUUAUGUGAGCAAUAAAACCUUUGCUUUUUUUGCAGUUUAGUCUGCAAAAUCUAAAAACCCCAAAGGAUGGGUGAAACCAGUGUAGCUGGAGCAAAAAUGACAGACUCUCCAGGUGGAAAUACAGCCAUUAAGAAUGAAAAAAAGACAGAGGGAAACUCUUUCUUUAGCUGGCUGUUGGUGCUGGCUUUGCUGGGGGCUUGGCUGUCUGUGGGUGUUGUGUGGUUUGACCUUGUUGACUACAACAGUGUGGUUGGUGCUCUUGAAGGAGUAUAUGAUGCUGAUGGCGAUGGAGACUCUAAUGUAGAAGAUGCCAAAGUUUUGUUGGAUGAGAGCCCUAAAGAAGUGGGGCUUAAAACAGACAACAGAGGUACUACCAGGGAUAUUGGCCAAAAGCUGAAAGCAGCUCUGAAAGAGCAGCUACAAAUUAUUCAUGAGAAGAUUGAAGUAAAAAAAAUUGCCAAACUAGCCCUUGCUGAGGUCCGUAGUGUUUUGGCUCAAGAUAAAGAGGACCGACAAGCUGCUAUAGCUGCCAAAAAAGGCAAAGAAGAGGCAGAAGAUAAGCUUCAAGAAGAACGAAUACAAAGAGAACGAGAGGAGAAACUAGCCAAGGGGAAAGCAGAGAGAGAAAGAGUGGAACAAGAAAAACUGUCCAAAGAAAAAGCAGUAAAAGAAAGGAUGGAAAAAAACAAAUCAGAAAAGGAAAGACUGGCUAAAGAAAAAGCAAAAAAGGAAAGACUCGCUAAAGAAAAAUCAGAGAAAGAAAAACUGGAAAAAGAAAUGGCAGAAAAAUUAAAACAUGAAAAAGAAAAGGCAGAAAAAGAAAAAAUGUCUAAGGAAAAGGUAGAACAGGAAAGACUGGAGAGCAAGAGAUCAGAUAAAGAAAGAAUGACCAAAGAAAAAUCAGAAAAAGAAAGACUGGCCAAAGAAAAGGCAGGAAAAGAGAUACUCACUAAAGAAAAAUCAGAAAAAGAAAGACUGGCCAAAGAAAAGGCAGGAAAAGAGAUACUCACUAAAGAAAAAUCAGAAAAAGAAAGAUUGGCUAAAGAAAAGUUGGGAAAAGAAAGACUUGCUAAAGAAAAUGGAAGACUGGCCAAAGAAAAAGCAGUAAAAGAAAGACUCACUAAAGAAAAGGCAGACAAAGAGAUACUCACUAAAGAAAAAUCUGAAAAAAAAAGAUUGGCUGAAGAAAAGUUGGGAAAAGAAAGACUUGCUAAAGAAAAAGCAGAAAAAGGAAGACUGGCCAAAGAAAACAUGGGAAAAGAAAGGCUGGCCAAAGAAAAAUCUGAAAAAGAGAGAUUCGCUAAAGAAAAAGCUGAAAAAGAAAGAUUGGCUAAAGAAAAGUUGGGAAAAGAAAGACUUGCUAAAGAAAAAGCAGAAAAAGGAAGACUGGCCAAAGAAAACAUGGGAAAAGAAAGGCUGGCCAAAGAAAAAUCUGAAAAAGAGAGAUUCGCUAAAGAAAAAGCUGAAAAAGAAAGAUUGGCUAAAGAAAAGUUGGGAAAAGAAAGACUUGCUAAAGAAAAAGCAGAAAAAGAAAGAUUGGCUAAAGAAAAGGUGGGAAAAGAAAGACUAGCCAAAGAAAAGGCAGAAAAAGAAAGAUUGGCUAAAGAAAAGGUGGGAAAAGAAAGACUAGCCAAAGAAAAGGCAGAAAAAGAAAGAUUGGCUAAAGAAAAGGUGGGAAAAGAAAGACUAGCCAAAGAAAAGGCAGAAAAAGAAAGAUUGGCUAAAGAAAAAGCUGAAAAAGAAAGACUUAAGAAAGAAAGACUUAAGAAAGAGAGAGUGGAAAAGGAAAGACUGGCCAAACAAAAGGAAGAAAGGGGAAAUCUGGAGAAAGAGAAACUUAAAGUGAGAGAGAGUGCAUCAAAGGGGAAAACCAAGAAAGAUGUAAAGAAGAAUAUGAAAACUGUGAACAAUUACAAAGAAGAAAAAGAGGCAAAAUAUAAAUAAAGUUCAU